AUGAACAUGCUACUUUCAAUACUUGCUCUUCUCUUGUCCUUCACGCUUCUCACAUCGAGCUUGCCAGCGGAUUAUUCAUCAUAUCCGAGCACCCAUAUUGCUUAUGCCCAAUUUACAGGAGCCGUUACGGGAACGAUCAACUUCCGUGAAGAUGGAAGCAAAACAUUUACAAAUGUUAUUGUUCAAUUUUACUCUGGGUUGACCAAUCUUACCGGUCUGUAUGCGUAUCACAUUCAUCAGUAUCCGGUACCGGAUAGCGGCGAUUGUACCCUUACUGGAGGCCAUUUAUCGCCCAGCGGAUAUCCGGAUGGUGCACCGUGCGAUCCUGCCAUUGCCUCUGCUUAUCAGGAAGGUGAUUUGAGUGGUAAACAUGGCAAGCUCCCAGGUUUUUCGUCUGGACAAAUAUUGUACAGAGAGUAUCAAGAUCCUUAUUUGAAAUGGGAAAAUCCGAUUGAUACAAUUUUUGGACGGUCAGUCGUUAUUCAUUAUCCCAAUGGCACCAGAUACGCUUGCGCCAACAUAUAUGCAGGCUAUGCACAUUAA